GAAAAAACAUAGCAAUUUGAAUUUAAUAUUUGGAUUCUAAAGCAAUUCAUGGGUCUAUUCUAUUACACUGUUCACACACUCUCUCUAUCUUAAGUUUCUUUUGACUUAAGACCAAAUGAAUAACCCCAAACCCCAAACACACAAACAUAAACCCAAAAAAAUCUCUCUCAGAAGAGAAAAAACAAAUAACCAAACACUUGUCUCUGCUAACGUGCGCCUCCUUCACCGUUCUUGCUAAUGGGCGCCCUCCGUCGCCGCCGCCGCCGCUUUCUCUUAGCUGCACUCGCAGCAUUUGCUCUCCUACGCCUCUUCUCCGCCUCUGCAGUCUCCGCCGGUGGAUGGCUUGGUGAGAGAACUGGGUCGGAUUUAAUGGGGAGUAAGCGGUUUGGCGGACCGGGUUCGUCACCACCGACGUGUAGAUCGAAGUGUGGGAAAUGUCAGCCAUGUAAACCGGUUCACGUACCGAUUCAACCCGGUAUGAGUAUUCCAUUAGAGUAUUACCCUGAAGCUUGGCGGUGCAAGUGUGGCAACAAGCUCUUCAUGCCCUAGAUUAAUUAUUUAUUAAACAAUUUUUUUUAAAGUGUUUUAUUCCUUUUGUUUUCUUUUUUCUCUCAUCAUUUCCCUGAUUAAUUGUUUUAAUGAAAUCUAUAUGUUAAUAUAAAAAGAAAUUGGUCAUCAUGUGAAGAAAUUGAGGACUUUGGGAAAAGGCAAAUUUUUGGUGGUGAUAUUACCGAGAAAGAGAGAGAGAGAGUGAGAGAGUGUCCUCAUCUCUUUCUUACCCUAAUAACACUUGCUCCAUUGUAGAAGCAAUUAAUCUUACAG